GAAACAGGAACAAGGAAGUGAAGAAGAAAAAAGAGCGAGAAGAACCCGUCACCAUAGGCACCACGGAAAAAUAGUCCGAGAAAGAGUUGCAGGUUAUUUUUGUUUGACCAAACUUUCCCAGGAGUUGAAAGCGCUCAGAGGGAAUCACUGAAGGUGCGCAGAGGAGUGAGAUGGGGACUCCAGACAGAAAUGUUGCUAACGACAUCAGCAACCAGAUCAACGAUGCUCUGGGCCGUCUGCAAAGCAAGCAGCUCUUCCAAACCACCUGGGAUAUCGUGGCUUUUGCCAUUUUUUUCACCUUCAUCGGGAUGGUUCUCUUGCUGGGCCUCCUUGCGUUGAUCCGAUGUUGCUGCUGUGAUUGUGAUACUCCUAGUUCCUACAAGAAGGUCAAAAAAGGAAAAGUUGGUAUUGAUAAUAUGGGCAUGGAGCCUUAAGGCUCCAUAUGACCAAUCGCCUAAGCUUUACUGAUUUCCUUUUGCUGUGCUGGAAUUUAUUGUAAGAAAUCCAAUUUCUUCUGGGAGGAACUGCGAGACAGAUGAACCCUCAAGAGUUUAGAUGCGAUGAUUCUUAGUCCAUGAUUCUAUCUGCCAUAAGCCGGGGCGAACAAUUCAACCAUUCUCAAUGUUGGCAACUAUUGGUUGCUUCUAAUCAUUAGCAACAAGGAAACAUAUGUAGUCCAUGAACAAUGAUAAUCCUCUUUUGCAAAGGCUUGCAAGCUCUUAACUUGCGGUCUUACCAGUUGGGUUUGUUAACUUGUGCUUUAAAAAUGUAGUGUUUUUUAUCAUCUUAUUCCCACCAAGCGCUGAUAGCAGAAAAGAGAAAAGACCAAUAACUCAAUCAAUGCCUAUAGAAAUGGGCUGUUUUUAUUGUCCUAAAUUGGAUUUCUCUACAGAAACAGCCCAGACUUUUUACCAGCUUGGUAUAAAUUAUCCUCUUUGUAAAUACAGUGUUUUCUCCAAAAUAAGACAGGGUCUUAUUUCUUUUGACCCCCAAAUUAAGCGCUUGGCCUUAUUUUCAGGGAAAG